AUGGCCGCCAUUGACGAAAUCCAACAACACCAAAGGCGUGAUUGUCUGGAAAUUACAGGUAUACCUACAUUACCCAACGACGAGCCGAAAAAUAUUGUCAUGGAACUUGGAGCAACCUUAGGCGUUUUACUGAACGAAAAUGACAUAUCUACGGCGCAUAGACUUCCCCCCACGCGGAAAAUUCAAGACCGCAUUAUUGUCAAGUUCGUACGCCGCGACAUACGAGAAGAAAUUUAUAAGAAGAGGAAAGUUUUAAAUGGAAAACUGACAGAUUGCCUGCCCUCAGUAAAUGCAGAAAUUGGCAAGAGUAUCUCUCAACCCACAAAAAUAUUCAUCAAUGAAUCUUUGACGGCUUACAGAAAGCGUCUCUUUGGAAAAAUCCACGACUAUCGUAGACAGCAUAACUAUAAAUUUAUAUGGACUGCAAACGGGAAAAUUCUCCUUCGCCAAACAGAAUCGUCGCCAGUUAACAGCUUUACAACAGAAGAAGAGUUUCAGAGGAUUAUUUCUAAGGACUAA